UCAAUCAGUUCUGCGCCAUUUGGAAUCACCGGGAUGUUUAAUUCUGAAUGUACACGUAAUCUUUAAACCCGAGUAUGUUUUCAUGGAUAGAUAUGGCAGCAGUUCGUACUGUUGUCUUGAUAUUGGUGUUUACAGGAAUUACAGCUGAAAAGGUGGUGUUCGACUCGGAUUCCUUCACUGUUGUCGAUCCAUCAACGCUCAGCAAUGCCGCAGAAUAUGCAGAUCCAACCGACUGUGGAAGCAAACUAUACAGUAUGGCUGCCGAGAAGGAUAAGAACAUGGCGGUGAGCAUUAGAGUAGCAGACUUCAACAAAGGCUCGUCUGACUACUUCCGUGCACAUCCGUCUGUUACUCUGUGUCUACAGAAAGUUUUCUCUAAGGUCUACGAAGUUACAAAGAAUAAGUUGAAAAUUGACAAAGGAUAUGAACCAAUAUCAGUGACAAGCGGCUACACACCGACUGACAGGAAGAACUACCUUAGCAGCGGAUGUGGGGCCGUAAUCUCCUACAGAACAUCAGGGGACGUCAAUGAAAUCGCAAAAGCUGCUCUUACCCUCUGUCCCGUCAUUUUUGAACAAAACCAAAGAGAUAUUGGUAUAUACGUAGACUCAACCCAGGUUUUAAUCUUCAUGACUGGUGCCAUUACCUCUCUACCUGUAUACCAAGGUGGAGGCCUCACCCAAUUAAGCGCUGAAACAAUGGUCAACCAAGGAUUAGCACCAAAGAAUAUUCCAGACUGCAGCAAUUUCCCACAGGUGUCUAAUGGGGAUCAUUACCCCUCUGGUAAAACUGACCCCGCAACUGUAGUAGGAGUAGUUGAUGAAGCCGUUACCACAAGUAUGGACACUGACGUCAGAAGAAUGGCCCAAUAUAUUGGGACUGAUGUAGAUUUCACCGGAUGUAUGACAUAUCCAGGGAACAUUAUAACCAACAGAUGCCCUGUUCGUGUGAUGAGCCCAAGACUGUACAAUGUCCUCGUUAAUCUAAAAGCUUAUGCAAAGAAUGCUAACUUAGGCGGAUCAGGUGGAAAAAUUACAGUCGAGGAAGCUUGGAAUGAAGGCGCGGAUCCAGCCAGCUUGAGAGCAGAGGGGCGCAUGAUGAAGGUCAAGUUGUCCUCUGGUAACACCGCUGGCAAUCUUGCAAGCCUGGCACAGUUUGCGAUAUGUGCCAAAGCUGAUCACGUGUCAAACAUGGGAACCCACCUUCUGGUAUCAUCGAAGAAACAGAAAGGAAGAGUAGAGGCCACGGUCAAUUUUCCCAAAGCCACCCUGGUGUCUGUUGAACCACCUGCAUCUAAAGCUUCAAUUUACGCCUUGCCAACAGAAAUGAUGGAUGAAGAAGACCAAUAUCCACUUUUCGACUCUAGUGGAAGGUUGAAUCUUCCAAUAAGUCAAGGAACAACCCUUUCGAAAUUCAUUGCAAAAGAUACCCAAUUUAGGUACUUGCGUCUGGCACCCGCUAUUGCACAGUGUUACUCAAAACUGAUUUACAAUGAAAACAAGUGGCUCAAUGCUUCUGAUCCACCAGUGGAUAUUGAGAUUGUACGAGCCUUUAUGACAAACGAGGAACAGAAGUCGUUGAUACAAAGUUCUGACGAACGCUACAACACCCAUACUUUGGGACAGGCUUUGGAACUGAGAUACGCCACAACUGUGGUCAACAGCACAACAGUUUACAACAACGUGAGAUUAAUUAAAAAGGUUGUAGAUGUCUGUGGGCCAGUUUUCAAUACAUACGGUUUUAACAUGAACCUUGGGUUGUAUCCCAAAUCUGUUUUCGUCAGCAUGGACGAGGAUCAAUUUCUCUUUUGGUCCAGUACUGAAUCGUUAAUCCCACAAGGCUUCACCGAGCAAGAAUUCGAUCUUUACUUGGAGGCCAGAAGAGAGGCUGCAUUGCAGUCGAGAAUUGUGGAUCCAGACGAUAUCAGAGAAGCAUGCCUUGACCCGGAUGUUCCCCAGAAACAACACAUCCGGUAUAAAUACAAGGAACCAAAGGUUAUUCAAAGGAAGAGGAGAAGGAGGAGACAAACUGCCGACUCGUGUGUUCCCACUGAGACAACAGAUUUCUGCACGUCCACACUCAAACACAGACAACAGGUAGUGGAUGACCUCUGGAAGACGAUGUCGAAAGAUAAACACAUGUACCAUGAACCUGCGUCAGAGGCGGAGGACGCCCUGAAAGGCUGUCUCCUGACUUGUGGCACAUGUUUGGAAGGAGCUAUCUAUGAGAAAAAGUUGGAACACUGUAGUAACUUGAUUCACUGGAUGCCAUUUGAUCUGAUGAACGAUCAAAAAGAUAUGACCAACUUCUUUGCACGAGACAAUAUGGAGACCUUCGCUCUUGCCUGUGAAGGCGGUGGCCAUUGUCUUUUGAGGGCACCCAUUUUCUCUAUUCUUGCUCCCAGUGUAAAGCUCCGUUAUCGGCCUGACCCUGACAGGAGUGUUAUUGAGGACCUGUAUUCCUCUGAGGAGAACCCCAGUCCUGUCCUUUCACUCUUGGAGGAGCUGUAUGCCAUUCACGCUAUAGGAGUAACCAAAUUCUGGGUCAAGGACGAGAAAGAAAUCAGUUCCAUGAAGCUUGCCCUACGUGCGGCACUGAUGUACAACCCUAAUGUCACAGAAGUCCAUAUUCACGUCACGCAGUCCAACAGUAAAUCACCCGUACAGAGCGAGGUGGAGAAAUUCGUCAAAGAAUUUGCCCAAGGUGGCUGUCCCACUUAUACCCGGGAGAUCCUGGCUCCCUUUAGGAUAUUAGAUCCGCCUCACAGUGUGAGGAAAAGAAGCGCUGCUGCUCUGAGACAAGAGAGUGAAAGCAUGAUGCGGGCAAGUUUCAAUAGGGAACAGGCCGAUUUUGCAAGAGAGUUUCCAUAAAGUGUCCAAAACUUUGAAUCAUUUCACUUCCUAAAGUUCUCGAAGAUACACCGUAUGCAUUCCAGCGUUUAAAAUACUAUAAUAUAUCAUGAUUCAUUUCUGUACUAAAUUACACUUUUGAAAUUCGUUCUAUAACCAGAAUCUGUAGACAAUAUCAUUUUACAUUGAUAAUGUUGUAUUUUAUCUCAUCGAUUUCUUCGAAAAACCUUGUGUGUUUCCCAUUGUAUUUAUUUUCAAAUCCGUCCAAAUUAAAUUUCACUUUACACCUGUAUAAUUGUUUUAUCCCAGUUAUUUUUUUUUCAAAUGUUAUAUGUAUUCUUUUUAUUUGAAAAGCAGAACUACACAAUUUGUUAAUUUUAAUGAUACUGGAGGCACAGCUCUUCUUCAACUUUAAUACACGUUCACUUCUUUGUAAUCAAAAAGACAAAUAAGCCUUUUAUCACAAGUCAUAAAAUUUCACAAUUGAAAAACAAUAAAUAAAUUAUUCUUAUAUAUACAAUGCCGUAUUUUUUCUAUAAAUAUCCCCUUUGCAUCCAAUCAAGUUAACACAUUUUGACACAUCAAUACAGAGUAAAAGAUACUCUUUAGGAAACAUCCCGAAUACAAUAAUGAUUAAAGGGAACAUCCGUCUACACACAAAUAAGGCCAAUAAAAAUGCGUGUUUGCAAAUAAUUCCUACUAUGUACAGAGGGUUUGCAAGUAACAUUGAAACGACACCACAGAACAUAGAAACAAGCAUAACCACAGCGAACACAAAUAACAUCACAGUUUCUUUUAGUUAUUGCACAGUUAUGUCUCAAUAGCACCAAAAAAGAAAAGUGUUUGUCACUGCUGCUGCAUAUAUAUCAUCGAAGUUAGGACAAAAUGCGCACGCAUU